AUGUUGGAUCCGGUAACAGCCAUCGGUCUUGCGUCAUCUAUUGUCGCCUUCGUUGACUUCAGCGCAAAGCUCGUAAAAGGGUCGAUCGAGAUCUAUCAGGCUAGUGAUGGCACCCUAACAGAGAACCGCAACAGUCAGGCGGUCGCGAGCGCAAUGGAAAGAUUCGCCGCUCGGCUCGUGAUUCAGCAACCCUCGCAGCUAUUUGGUGAAGAAAAAGAACUCGUUGAUCUCGCGAAAAACUGCCAUGUUGUCUGUAUGGAGCUACUCAAUUUGUUGGGGCGAAUCAAGCCGAAGGACUUGUCUUCCAAAAGGCAGAGCCUUUGGGCAGCAUUGAAGAACAGAUUUCACGAGGGCGAGCGGAAAGAGCUUGAAAACAGACUCGAUACUUAUCGUCGCCAGUUUGAGCUUCACAUGGGCUUCAAAACCAUAAUCCCCGUUGAGAAGCUUUCUCAGUACGUUGCAGAACAUAGCGAGAGUCUAAAUCCACUAAAGGCUACGUUAUCGGAGCUAUCAGCGAUUAGCAUCGAUACCCAUGAGUCAAUCCGUCAGUUAUUGAACACACAAAAAGCAGUGCUCCAUGCUAGUAUUACCAAACAAAUUUUGAAAAGCCUAAAGCACGACGACAUGGAUAAAAGGCAUGACAUGAUAGAAAACGCUCAUGAAAAGACGUUUCAGUGGAUUUUUGAUAUCGACGGGAAUGACCAGUCAGGGUCUGUUUCUUCAGCUCCGAAUGACUGGGACAGCGUUGACACACUUGAAUCUGAUGAUUCAGAUGCGUCGGUACAUUACUUCCGUGAGCGAGAACGAAAUAGAAGAAGAGAAGAGAAACGAGACUACGAAACCAAGAAGACAAAGGAUGAGAUACAGAUGCGACACGAAUCACGAGAGACUUUCCUUACGUGGCUUUCAGCUGGAACAGGAAUCUUUCACAUAUCAGGGAAGAUGGGCUGCGGGAAAUCGACCUUGAUGAAAUUCUUGAGUCAUCACCCGGGAACACGAACGCGACUGGAUGAGUGGGCGAGUGGAAAUCAGCUUGUGUUAUCAAGCUUCUUCUUUUGGCGACCAGGCUCAGAGGAUCAAAAAUCACUGGACGGUUUAUACCGUUCGCUGCUGCACAGUGUGCUCAAACACCAUCAUGACUUGAUACCCAGCAUUUUCCCAAGAGCAUGGAGAGAAGCGAGAGAAACCUCUUGGACAACACAGACGGAAGCAACGCUCUCAGGAGAUGAUAUCAGGAAAGCGUUCGCCCUUCUUGUUCGUAGCGAGAACGUAUGCGCCAACUACAGCUUCUGUUUCUUUGUGGACGGCUUGGACGAAUAUCAAAUCAGAACACAAGCCGACCAUAUGGAUCUUGUCGAACGGCUACAUAGCUGGACUACCGCCUUCCCUUCGAAUGUUAAGCUUUGUGUUUCAAGCCGAGAGGAGCAUCCUUUCAUGGAAUCGUUUUCAAAAGCCAAGAGACUGCGGCUUCACACGCUAACACAAUACGAUAUCAGGGCAUAUAUUCUAGACAGGCUUCCCAGUUCUGAAACCCCAAGGCUCAGGCCGGCGUUGGCGAAGUACAUUAUCAAAAAGGCUAGCGGCGUCUUCUUUUGGGUAGCACUAGUCGUCAGAAACGUACGUGGUCAGUGGUACUUCAAGCUCAAGCCUGCUGGGCUCCGCAACAUCGUCCGUGAAUUCCCGAGCGAAUUAAACGACCUUUACAGGCAUAUACUCAAUAAACUCGACAAAUACAGUCUUAAAAUGGCAUAUCAGACACUCGCUAUGAUCCCCUUUGUGGCUUUUGUGACUGGUUGGGGUACUUACAUUUAUCUGGACUUACUGGCGUACUCUUUCCUUGACGAUUACAACCUGAACGCAAGGUUUGCCAGGGAAGGUAAAUUCAAAGCAAAACUAUCAGAAGAGCAAAAGGAGGAAAGGCGGCAGAUCGCCCGGACUAGGCUAAGCGGUUGGUGUGGGGGACUAGUUGAAUUCGACAGCCGGGGGAAUAUUGGUUACGCCCACAGGUCUGUGGCAGACUUCCUCGCAGAUGAUGACAUCCAACAGCAAAUGGCCGCCUCCUUGAAUGGUACCCACCCUGUCAGUAUACUUUCAGAGCUUACGCUAGCUAGAUGGAAAGUUCAAGGGAGCGACGUUGAUUGGCGACUGGGGGGCUCCCCACAUGAUCUUAUGGUGUUGCGUGAAAAGCAUCAUCUCGAUCACGAACCAUUCGAAUUUCUACGCAGUAUGGAUACCAUCUUUGAGCCGGAGCUAAAACGUGUUGACGACUCGACCCUCGAUGGCUGCAUUGAAGUCUGGACACGCAAAUAUAUUUUUAACAUCGCAUCGAGACAGGUCAAGGGUAAAUUGGGCAUGUCAAGUGUUCUUGGAUUCAAAGGCAACGUUCACCUGUCCUUCACACCCCUCUUUUUCCCAUACCAUGAGACAAAUGACUACGUCUUAUGGAGCAUUGAGAACGACCCUAGAACGACAAAUACUCGAUCAAAGGCUGUGCUACUGUUCUAUGCUUCUAUCCUCACGCCGACCUAUCCAGUUUUAGAAAUGCUCCUGAACCUCAACAUCAUCAGACCCGAAAUGCGAACUCAUCUGAUGCCGGCUUUUGACACAUUCCGGCGGAAAGAGGCAUACAUUUCUAGCGCAGUCGGUGAGAGCCAUUCGAUUUGGCAAUACUUCCUCGUUAAAGAGUUUUAUACCUGGCUAGACGAUGAGAGAUAUGAUGUAAAUCAUCGUUUUGUUGGUAUAGUAGAGCGCUUUCUUCGAAUCGGUGCUGACCACCACUUUCGAUUUUCAAUCCUGGUCGUUCAGUGGCCAACUGCAGCAGGUAUAGAACCCGAAACGGAAGAUACCUUUACUUUUGGCGACCCCAGUGAGCCAGAGACCCUUUCUUUCAGGCGUAAAUGGCGAUAUACCGUUAACGAUAGGUUGGAAACAGAGGAGGGGUUUGCUAACGCUGCUCGUCUUGACUGCACCUUAUCCAAGGUACGAACUUGGUCAUGCGAGCCGAAUGGGCCUCGUCGCGAGAUAUCGUUCACAGGGUGGAUCAGAGCGAUGGGUGAUUUCCCAGGCAGAGAUGAUGUGCUUCAACUCGUGGAGGAGAGGGUCCAUAACUUGCAGCGUGUUCAAAACAAUCAAGUCCUCACGGUACAGAGUGCGUUGGAGGACCAGAGCCUCGACACACUUAAAACGGCAGGCAAAACAGAACGGGAUGUAACUGUUUGUGACGAGCCAACAAUACUCUUGAAGAAAAGGAAAACCAUUAAUUGGUUAUACUUUACUGGUAUUAUGCUGGGUAAGUUAUUCAGAAAUAAAAACCAAUUUCCUUGCACUUUAAAAAGCUAA